CGGCCGCCGCUCAGUCGUCGCGCCACAUUCGCUCCGUAUACACAUCCAUUAAUCGCUCGGCUGUGAAAAAGAAAAUAAAAAGUGAAUAAUGGUCGCUUCGCGUGCAACGUUUGUUGCGCUCGUGUGCACACUCGCGCUCGCCUCCGCCAGUGUGGAGGAUCUGCUGAAUCCACUCACCGACGAGUUCAUCAAUCUCAUCAACACGAAACAAAACUCAUGGAAAGCCGGCAGAAACUUCCCAGUGAACACACCGCUCACACAUAUCAAGAAAUUAACGGGUGUGUUAGUCGACACCCACUUGUCAAAACUUCCAAAAGUUGAACAUGAUGCUGAUUUGAUUGCGGACCUCCCAGAGAACUUCGAUCCACGAGACAAAUGGCCGAACUGUCCCACACUAAAUGAGGUGAGGGACCAAGGAUCAUGCGGUAGCUGCUGGGCGUUUGGCGCUGUGGAGGCAAUGACCGACCGGUACUGUACAUACUCGAAUGGAACCAAACAUUUCCACUUCUCGGCAGAAGAUCUUCUGAGCUGCUGUCCAGUCUGUGGACUUGGAUGCAAUGGAGGUAUGCCGACUUUGGCUUGGGAGUACUGGAAGCACUUCGGUCUCGUAUCAGGAGGUAGCUACAACUCGAGUCAGGGCUGCAGACCGUACGAGAUCCCUCCCUGCGAACAUCACGUCCCCGGCAACAGGAUGCCUUGUAACGGUGACUCUAAAACACCUAAGUGCCACAAGACUUGCGAGUCGAGCUACAAUGUAGACUACCACAAGGACAAGCGCUACGGCAAACACGUGUACUCAGUGUCAAGCAAAGAGGAUCACAUCAAGGCUGAGUUGUAUAAGAACGGGCCCGUCGAAGGUGCGUUUACAGUGUACUCAGACUUACUGAAUUACAAAAACGGUGUUUACAAACACACGGUCGGCAACGCUCUCGGUGGACAUGCCAUUAAGAUUUUAGGUUGGGGAGUGGAGAAUGGGAACAAAUAUUGGCUGAUAGCGAAUUCAUGGAACAGCGAUUGGGGUGACAAUGGAUUCUUUAAAAUUCUGCGUGGUGAGGACCAUUGUGGCAUCGAGAGUUCUAUUGUAGCCGGUGAGCCGCUUCUUGUUGAUGUUUAAUUGUUUAGUAAUCUAGACAAUUAGUCGAGUGUAUCUGUAAAUACUGUCAUGUUUACUUCCUACAGUACCAAAUAUGUUUAUAAAUAGUUUAUUAUUAUGAAUAGUAGUGACGA